AAAGAUAAUUAAUUCAUAUGAAAAUUUUUGGUUUUUGAGUCCAUUGUUGAGAAAUCUGGUCUUCAUCUCUGGUUUCCAUGGCGAAUUGCAUCCUUGUUUGGCUCUUAAUGGCUCGUCUCUUCGUGGACAGCUCUCUUGCGCUUACGCUCACCUCGAAGCUAGUACAUCGAUUCUCCGACGAGGCCAAAUCACUUUGGGAGUCCAGGAAGACUGGUAAUGUGUCUGGAAAAUUCUGGCCGCCGAGGAAUAGCUCCAAGUAUUUUGAAAUGCUAAUGGACUAUGACUUGAAGAGGCGGCGGCUGAAGACCGGAUCCAAGUACGACGUGCUUUUUCCUUCUGAAGGAAGCCAGGUUAUGUUCUUCGGAAACGAGUUUAACUGGUUACAUUACACAUGGAUUGAUAUAGGAACACCGAGUGUUCCGUUUCUCGUUGCAUUGGAUGUUGGAAGUGACCUGCUCUGGGUUCCGUGUGAUUGCAUUCACUGUGCUCCCUUGUCUGCAAGUUAUUAUAGUGUUCUGGAUAGGGAUCUGAGUGAGUACAAUCCAGCUUUAUCCAGCACCAGCAAGCACCUUUCCUGCGGUCAUCGAUUAUGUGCCUGGAGCACAACUUGCAAAAGUCCCGACGAGCCCUGCACUUAUAAACGGGAUUAUUACUCAGAUAAUACAUCAACUUCUGGAUUUAUGAUCGAAGAUAAAUUGCAUUUGGCAUCUUUUAGCAAACAUGGGACACAAAGCCUUCUGCAAGCCUCAGUUCUAUUAGGGUGGGCUCUUACCGCAUCACAUAUUUGGAUGUUUUCUUCAUCUUUAAUGAUGUUGAACUUGAGAUGUGGAAUGAUACCUGAAUCUUUGCCUGUGAUUUCCCUCUCUCCCUCUCUUGACACAGCUGUGGUAGGAAACAGAGUGGUAGCUAUUUGGAUGGGGCUGCUCCUGAUGGUGUUAUGGGGUUGGGUCCUGGAAACAUUUCAGUGCCAACCUUAUUGGCACAAGAAGGAUUGGUUAGAAACACAUUUUCACUUUGUUUUGAUAAUAAUGGUUCUGGGAGAAUCCUCUUUGGGGACAAUGGUCCUGCCACCCAGCAAACAACAAAAUUUUUGCCCCUAUUUGGUGAAUUUGAUGCCUAUUUUGUUGGGGUGGAGUCUUUUUGUGUUGGGAGUUCCUGUCUGCAGAAAAGUGGAUUCCAGGCGUUGGUUGACAGUGGCUCAUCUUUUACAUAUCUUCCUUCAGAAGUCUAUAAAAAGAUUGUCUUUGAGGAUAGUUCUCCAGGAACUUCCCUGGAAUUACUGCUAUAAUGCUAGUUCGCUGGUGUCCUUUCAUAUUCCUAGCAUGAAACUCGUGUUUCCAUUGAAUCAAAGCUUUAUACACGAUCCUGUGUAUAUCCUCCCUGCAAAUGAAGGAUCUAAAGUGUUUUGUUUAACUUUAGAGGAGACAGAUGAAGAUUAUGGUGUAAUCGGACAAAACUUGAUGGUGGGUUACCGGAUGGUUUUUGACAGAGAAAAUCUUAAAUUGGGUUGGUCCAAGUCCAAAUGCCUAGAUAUCAACAGUAGUAAGACAGACCAUGCCAAACCACCUUCAGAUGACGGAAAUCAUGGAUCGCCAAUUGCAUUACCACCUCCAAAUAGGCAAGCAAUUGCACCCACUGCUGCAAGAACGUCUCCCAAAUCUUCCCUAACUGCAUCCUGUUUUUCUCCCUUCCUGCUACUGUUGCUUGCAGUUUUUCUGGUCGCUUGUUGAAUUUGUUGAGUCCAUAAUGUAAAUGUUGCCUUUUCUGAUGGGCAUUUCAAUUACUUAACAUCUUAUCCCUUCCUGUAAGUUGCUGUAUCAUAGAGGGAAAAAUAAGUUACAUUUUUUCUUGGGGUCUACUUACCCACAUAUAUUAUAUAGACGUCUUUUGCAAUUCAUGCAUCUUUGCCACUGCCUCAACGUGCAACUAUUUCUGAACUACUACACUGACCCUUCAUUGUCUUUUGAAGUGGCAUGUCCAAACAUCAUACUAGCAGAUUACUAAAGUUCUGUAGAACUAUAUUGGAAGAUUUAGGUUUUACGGUCCAUCAAGAAUUUCAACACAAGCAAGGAAAGUAAACUUGGGUGACGACUGACCGUGUCCAGUACCUCACCUACUAAUUGCUAAGCUACAGUAUAGUCAGACAGCUGACCUUUCUUUGUAGGGGUUGAAAGUGAUGAAAACAUCUGACAGGUUACAUCAAAGGGGAGAUGGGAAUCAUUUUGGGAUAACAUGAUUGAUUAUCCUUGUAGGAGCCUAGUGCCCUGGCCGAAUGGCUCAUGCAGAGUGGCCCCAAGGUUAGACCUCCGCGAAUAUUUACACGAGUUUGUAAAAAAAGAUGAUUAUAUAAUACCUUGCACAAAGAAAAUAUUGUCCUUUAAAUUCUUUA